UAUAUAGUGAGAAGCAGAGCUGCAGAAAUACAGAAUCACCUCCUCACACGUCUUUGCCCUCUCUCCAAGCCGAGCUCUCUGCUAAACCCAACCGCUCUUUGCUUCUUCCUCAUCACCGAUUCUCUUCAACCAUGAUUACAGUGAGUGUUAAAUGGCAAAAGGAGCUGUUUAAAUCUGUGGAAAUCGACACUACUCAGCCCCCUUAUGUGUUCAAAUGCCAGUUGUACGAUCUGACCGGGGUACCUCCCGAAAGGCAGAAAAUCAUGGUUAAAGGUGGUUUAUUGAAGGACGAUGCAGAUUGGUCAACACUAGGAGUAAAAGUGGGUCAAAAAUUGAUGAUGAUGGGAACAGCAGAUGAGAUAGUCAAGGCUCCAGAGAAGGGUCCUGUUUUUAUGGAAGAUCUUCCAGAAGAAGAACAAGUCGUUAGUUUGGGUCAUAGUGCUGGUUUAUUUAAUUUGGGAAACACCUGCUACAUGAAUUCCACUGUACAAUGUCUGCAUUCUGUUCCAGAAUUGAAGUCGGCUUUAAUAAAGUAUUCUCAUUCUGGUAGAAGCAAUGAAGUGGAUCAAACUUCUCACAUGUUAACAAUUGCAACACGUGAUCUAUUCAAUGAACUCGAUAAUAGUGUUAAGGCUGUAGCACCCAUGCAAUUUUGGAUGGUCUUGCGUAAAAAAUACCCUCAGUUUGGUCAAAUGCAUAAUAAUUUCUUUAUGCAACAGGAUGCUGAAGAAUGUUGGACACAACUUCUAUACACGCUUUCGCAAUCUCUGAGAUCAGCAGGUUCUAGUGAAAAUCCAGAUGCACUCAAGGUACUAUUCGGUGUCGACCUAGUUAGCAGGGUUCAUUGCCAGGAAAGUGGGGAAGAAACCACAGAAACAGAAUCAGUUUAUUCCCUUAAAUGCCACAUAUCACAUGAGGUGAACCAUUUACAUGAAGGACUAAAACAUGGUUUAAAAUCAGAACUAGAAAAGAAUUCUCCUUCUUUGGGGCGUAGUGCAAUCUACUUGAAGGAGUCUCGUAUCAAUGGCCUGCCAAGGUACUUGACUAUUCAGUUUGUUCGCUUUUUCUGGAAGAGGGAAUCAAAUCAGAAGGCCAAGAUUUUGCGGAAAGUAGAUUAUCCGUUGGAGUUGGAUGUUUAUGAUCUCUGUUCAGAUGAUCUUCGCAAAAAAUUGGAAGGCCCUCGUCAGAUUUUACGGGAUGAAGAAGGCAAAAAGCUUGGCUUGAAAGCUAGUGGGAAGGGCUCUACUUCGAAAGACACUGAUGUCAAGAUGUCUGAGGCAGAGGGAUCAUCAAAUGGAAAUGGAGAACCAUCGAAUUCUAAAUCCGACCAGGGUGCUGAAUCUCAGAAGGAGACACAAGUCACCGGAGUUUACGAUUUGGUUGCGGUGCUGACGCACAAGGGUCGGAGCGCUGAUUCAGGCCAUUAUGUUGCCUGGGUCAAGCAAGAAAGUGGGAAAUGGAUUGAGUAUGACGAUGAUAAUCCUAUCCCACGGCGGGAGGAAGACAUCACGAAAUUGUCUGGAGGAGGUGACUGGCAUAUGGCGUAUAUUUGCAUGUACAAGGCCCGUGUCCUUCCCAUGUAAUGUUUCUUUAAGCCUAAUUUAACUGGAGACUCAUUUGUUUCUAUAUUUCACAGAGUACUAUGAAAUAGACAGAUUUAUCAACCGAAUAUGGGAGAAUUGGAGGUUGUACCAUUACACCUUACAGUUUGUUCUCAAUGUGAUCUAGAACCUUUCCCUGCAAGGGCGUGGUUCAAGUUUUUAAAUUCAAA